GUCGACACAGAUCCGGGCGUCGAUGAUACUCUCGCAAUCUUGCUCGCACUUGCCUCACCAGAGUUGGAGGUCCUUGCCAUCGUCAUCUCUUACGGAAACACGGACGCGGAGUCCUCACAUGGGAACAUUCUCAAAUUGUAUAAUGCAUUAUCCCGAGAAAUUACCUCAGCUUCGGGGGCAAGAACUCGGUAUCCUGGUCUUGAGGCAAAAGUAAUACUUGCUCAAGGUGCUAAUGGGCCCCUUGAAGGCGAUCUGCACAGCGCUGAAUACUUUCACGGCCGAGACGGCCUUGGGGAUAUAACACAUCGACACCCCGACCUGAAUGUCAAACCUGGAUCGGAGCAUCCCCAAUUACAACUUACCGACCGACCAGGAAUAGAGGUCGCACUAGACGUUAUACGUUCCCAGCCUGAACGAGCAGUUACUUACCUGGCAUUGGGUCCCCUCACGAACCUUGCACAGCUGAUGCGUCUUGAUGGCGAAGUCGUGCGGACUCGCAUUGGCCGCGUAGUCUGUAUGGGUGGUGCCCUUGAUGUACCCGGAAACACGAACCCCGUCUCAGAAUUCAACUUCUUUGCCGAUCCAUUUGCAGUCAGAGAGUUGCUCACGCCGGGCACUCCACAACUCGGCAUCCCUCUGAACAGGUUCCUCCUCCUUCCCCUAGACAUCACGACGCCUCACGAACUUCCCUUUCCACUCUACAAGGCCAAGGUUGACCCCGUCUUCGAGUCAGCGGCAAAGCCAUCACAGGCGGAAGGCAAGUCACCUCUCGUUCACUUCACGAGUUCUUUCCUGGAGCGCACCCGCGAGAUCAUGAUCGAGUUUGGGAAGGACGCCAUGGAGCUACAUGACAUUGUAGCGGUAUGGUGCGCCAUCGAAAAUCCGCCAGUGCAUGGAGAACCGGAGGUGGCAGUUCCCACUUUACAGCGAGGAUGGAAGGCCGUCAAGCGUGUAUUUCAAAUUGAACGCAUUGGCGAACUGACGCGAGGUAUGCUUGUGGUGGAUCGGCGCGACGAUGAAGGAGCCUACGCUCCAGGAUCAAACCGCGCGGAAGUCCAAGCAGAACUCGAGAAACACAAGUUCGCACAUGCGGGCAACUUCGAGUCCACUGCUCUGCCCGCGCAAGUUGAAGUUGAAGGACAGAGCCAGGCGCGGGCGCUCCCGGACCAGGCUACAGGAGUAGCGUGUGUCUACGAGACACCAGGUCCCGCGGCUUUAGUGAAGCUCAUGUUGGAGAGAAUAUGGGGUAUUGAUUCAGAAGCUUGA